AAGUGCUUUGUAGGCCUGUCUCAUUGUAGGACACCCCUACACACAGCCCAGAACUGAGGCAAGACAUUGUACUUCCCAGUUGUUACAGGAAAAACAUUUCAUUUUGAGGAUAAUCUGUUUCAAGGCCAUACUAGACCUAGGGAGUGAGAGAAGCCAACUCCAGAGGGAUGGAAACUAGAGAACCUGGAAAAAUAAGAGAGUUCAACUGACAAACAGAAGAAGGAUCAAAAAAAACAAAAAUGGAAACUGUUGUUCGCCGCUGCCCCUUCCUGUCACGGGUAUCCCAGGCUUUUCUGCAGAAGGCUGGCAAGUCACUGCUCUUUUACGCUCAGAGCUGCCCUAAAAUGAUGGAAGUUGGGACCAAGCCUGCUUCCCGUGCUCUGGGUACUUCAGUUGUUCACUGCCAACAAGCUGAAGAAACAACCUCAUCCAAUGAUAAGGCCAAAAAUUCCAAAGAUGUGUCCCAGGAGAACAUCAGUGGAUCCCAGCUGCCUAUUAGCCAUCCACCUGCUGUUACUAGCCAGAGCACUAGUCCGAGCUCUGCCACUAAAUGCCCUUUCCUGGCAGCUCAGAUGAAUCCUAGGAACAGUAAUGUUUUCUGCAAAGCCAGCCUAGAACUCCAAGAGGAUGUUCAGGAAAUAAAGGCUGUAAGGAAAGAGUUUACUAAAACACCAGUGAAUCCCACUGUGAUAAACACCAAGACUUCUGGAGAAGAGCAGAAUGGCUUGCUGAAGAAGUUCCAGGAUAUUAUGUUAAAGCAAAAACCAGAAAGAGUGUCUCAUCUGCUUCAGGAUAAUUUGCCAAAAUCUGUUUCUACUUUCCAGUAUGACCAGUUCUUUGAGAAAAAAAUUGAUGAGAAAAAAAAGGAUCACACAUAUCGUGUAUUCAAAACUGUGAACCGAAGGGCACAGGUCUUUCCCAUGGCAGAUGACUACUCUGAUUCCCUUGUCAGCAAAAAAGAGGUGUCUGUAUGGUGCAGCAAUGAUUACCUAGGGAUGAGUCGCCACCCGCGAGUGUAUGGAGCUGUUAUGGAUACGUUGAAACAACAUGGUGCUGGAGCAGGAGGCACCAGAAAUAUUUCUGGAACAAGUAAAUUUCAUGUUGAUUUGGAGCAAGAGUUGGCUGAUCUCCAUGGAAAAGAUGCAGCAUUGCUGUUCUCAUCAUGCUUUGUAGCUAAUGAUUCCACUCUCUUCACAUUAGCUAAAAUGUUACCAGGCUGUGAGAUUUACUCAGAUGCAGGAAACCAUGCCUCCAUGAUUCAAGGAAUUCGGAACAGCAGAGUGCCUAAGCACAUAUUUCGCCAUAAUGAUGUCAAUCAUCUCCGAGAACUACUGAAAAAAUCAGAUCCGUCUACUCCCAAAAUUGUUGCAUUUGAAACUGUUCACUCAAUGGAUGGUGCAGUAUGUCCACUGGAAGAAUUGUGUGAUGUAGCUCAUGAGCAUGGGGCGAUCACUUUUGUAGAUGAAGUACAUGCUGUUGGGCUGUAUGGCGCUCGGGGUGGUGGCAUAGGAGAUCGGGAUGGAGUCAUGCAUAAAAUGGACAUAAUCUCUGGAACACUUGGCAAAGCAUUUGGUUGUGUGGGCGGUUACAUUUCCAGUACAAGUUCUUUGAUAGACACCGUACGUUCCUAUGCUGCUGGCUUCAUUUUCACAACAUCCCUGCCACCCAUGCUGUUAGCUGGUGCGCUUGAAUCAGUCAGAACUCUAAAAAGUGCAGAAGGGCAAGUUCUUCGACGCCAGCACCAACGCAAUGUUAAACUCAUGAGACAAAUGCUGAUGGAUGCUGGACUCCCUGUAGUACACUGUCCCAGUCACAUCAUUCCAAUCAGGGUUGCAGAUGCUGCUAAAAAUACUGAGAUCUGUGACAGACUGAUGAGUCAGCACAGCAUCUAUGUCCAGGCAAUAAACUACCCCACAGUUCCACGUGGAGAAGAGCUGCUGCGUAUUGCCCCAACUCCUCAUCACACACCUCAGAUGAUGAAUUAUUUCCUGGAGAAACUGAUGGCUACAUGGAAGAACGUUGGUCUGGAGUUGAAACCGCACUCUUCAGCAGAAUGCAAUUUCUGUAGAAGGCCUCUGCAUUUUGAGGUGAUGAGUGAACGGGAAAGAUCCUUCUUCAGUGGCAUGAGCAAACUAGUUUCUGCCAGUGCUUGAGAGCAACCUGUUAACCCUGUCUACGUCUAGUCCUCUCUAAUAUCCAAAUAGCCGGGGUAGCCUUUUUAAAUUGCAUAUUAAAUUAUAACAUUUUAAUCAAUAGUCUAAACACAGCUCUGAAAAUAAAGUUCAAAACAGGGUGUCCUGCUUCUGUCCUUUUAAGCUCUUUGCUGUUGUUGUGUUAGCGUUUACAGAGAAGACUGUAGGAUUAGUGGUCAGAAAAAUAAAGUGGAACAAAAACAAUCUCAAUUAUAAUUUAAUCCAUUAGUAGGUAGUGUCUGACUUACCAUCUUAUACCAGUGUGACUAUUUCAGUGAAAAAUAGUAUCAUUAAAUGGAACAUUAUAUAAAGUCUGUCAUCCUAGCCUCCCCCCACUCCCCAACAUGAAAGGGAAAGUUGUAGUGAGAAUUAAUGUGGAUGCAGACUUGACAUGGUAUAGGUCUUCCUAAGUUCAGGGCACUGAAACAGAUUUAAGAGUGUAGUACUCUAUUUCUUGACAAGAACUUUUUCCACCUUGUGUAGCUUAUGCAGGUCUU